AUGACAACUCGUUAUAGAACAUUUAAUUCCAGUCAUUUACAAAAAGCAUGGUCACUCUUGAAUGAUUAUUAUGAUUAUUGUUGUAUAGCACGUCAUCGUAAGAAAGUCGAAGAACAACUUCGUAAUGCUAAUAUUCCAUUGACAUAUGUUCCAUGGAAAUCGAUGGUUCGUACUUUACUUUGUCGACGUUUAUUUAGUGAUAAAGAAUUAAAAGAAAUGAAUGCUCAUACUGAUGAGUGUUGUACAGAAAUUGAUAUUGCUUCGAGUCAAGCUACGGUUAAUUUUCUACUUGAAAACAAUGAAAAAAACGAAAACUGUCUUACUGAAACAUGGUUUGAAAUUAAUCAAUUGAAAGAACGUUUUCAACAAGCUAUUAAGACUAUUCCGGUAAGUCAACAUGCACAAAGAGAAAUGUGCCAUAAAAUCUUAGGUUAUCCAACAGGAUAUUCGGAUGAAGAAAUAGAUUAUUAUUUUAAAAAAGACGACAAUGAUUCAUUGGAUUUAACCAAUGUUUUAUCAAUUGAUGAACAAAGUCAAAUGAGUACAGGUGAUCUCAUUGAAUUUAGUGGAAAUCGAUUACAUGAUGCAUUUUAUAUAUAUCGUUUACCGAACAAAGGUAUUUGGGCUCAAAUUCAACAAAUGUGGUCAAAACAUCAGAUCACCAAUUUCAUAUUUGAUGAUACAGAAACAGAUUCUAAACAAGAAGAGAUCAUUCUUGUUCCAGCCAUGGAUGAAUAUGGUUAUGGUGUUCCUUAUUUAUUUGCUACAAGGCCAACAGAAUUAUUACCUGAUGGUGCUCUUCAUAAAUAUGUUGACAUCAAUUGUCCUCUCGUAUCUAAGCAUAAACAAAAUCCAACAAUUGCACUCAUACAACAACAUCUUAAUGAACGUUUAAAAAAUCCUGUAUAUCAAGAUAAAUACAUGAAUGAAGAAAUGAGUGUAGAUUUAGAUAGAUUUCCACAAGAAUAUGUUGCUUUAGUACAUAUAAAUGAUGCGCCUAAAAAUAAUGUCUUAUGGGCACAACGUGCUCAUUACAAUGGCAAGGAAAGUGCUCGAGAUUUAAAUGAUAAUUUCGAAGUCUUUUUUUCACGUCGAAUUUUGGAAUCCGAAGAACAAUAUAAGCAGACAAAAACAAAACUUAAUGAAUCAUUAAAUUGA